GCCCAGGAAGCUUCCGAGUUUCUGGCCACUGCUUUCUGACCGACCCUUUCUCCAACCUUUUUCCAGCUUUUUUCGGUUGCUGGGGAAGGCAGUUGCCAAUAAAGUUUCCCCGUUUCAGAGUCUGGCGGAUUGGGCCGGGCUCAUUCUCUGUCGCCUUGCGUAUUGCCCGCAGUCCUUUUAGGCUACAGGCAAGGAGGUUUAAGGCGUCAUGGCCAGGGGCCGCGUUACCCGCGCGCUCUCAUGGCUUUUGGUCCCACCGGCGACCACCUUAGCGUGAGCGCAGUCUCUCCACGCCCACGGGCCGCCUUGGGCAGGUCUCCAUGGCCUCCGAGGCUCCGUCGCCUCCGUUGUCGCCGUCGUCACCUCUCUCCCCCGAGCCUGAGCUGGCCCAGCUGAGGCGGAAGGUGGAGAAGUUGGAACGCGAGUUGCGGAGCUGCAAGCGGCAGGUGCAGGAGAUCGAGAAGCUGCUGCAUCACACGGAGCGGCUGUACCAGAGCGCGGAGAGCAACAACCAGGAGCUCCGCACCCAGGUAGAAGAGCUCAGUAAAAUACUCCAUUGUGAGAGAAACGAGGAUAGUAAAAAGUCUGAUGUAGAAGUGCAGACAGAGAACCACCCUCCUUGGUCCAUCUCAGAUUAUUAUUAUCAGACAUACUAUAAGGAUGUUAGUCUUCCAAAUAAAGUGACUGAACUGUCAGUUAAGCAAGAUCAAGAUAUUGAAGCUUCUACUUUUAAUUCUGAAGACCAGUCACAAGUAGAAAAGGAUGCUUACACUGGUACUGAUAUAACAGAACAUGCUAAAUGUGCUGAAGACCAUCUUGCCUCAAAUUCACAGGAGCCAGCGUCUGUAUUAGCAACAGAAGAUACAUCCUUAGAAGGUUCUUCUUUGGCUGAAAGUUUGAGAGCUGCAGCAGAAGCUGCUGUGUCUCAGACUGGGUUUAUCUAUGAUGAGAACACUGGACUGUAUUUUGAUCACAGCACUGGCUUCUAUUACGAUUCUGAAAAUCAACUGUAUUAUGAUCCUUCCACUGGAAUUUAUUACUACUGUGAUGUGGAAAGUGGUCGAUACCAAUUUCAUUCUCGAGUUGAUUUGCAGCCUUAUCAGACUUGUGGCACAAAACAAAGUAAGGAUAAAAAAUUGAAGAAGAAAAGAAAAGAUCCAGAUUCUUCUACAACAAAUGAGGAAAAGGUAACAAGAUAUCAGCAUCUGUCAACCAGGGACCAUUCAUAUGGGGGCAAACAUGGACUUUUUCAUAAAUUCUCAGUCACUAGAAGUAGAAGGAAUUUCUUAACAUUUGAAGGAGACUUAGGGCAGGAUUUGACUUCAGAAGAUCAAAAAGCAUCCAGUGUUGAACAUAAAUGCUGCAGUGAGGGAGAAGAUUUUGCAAAUGUGAAAAAGAAAGUCAAAAUGGACAUUCAUUACAAAAAGAGUCCCACCAAAUUCACUGUUCCAGUUAGUAGAAAGACUAUAGAAUCUUCUCUCAAUGCAAACACUUAUAAUACAGUGUCAUUUAAAGAUGAGAAAAUCAUGGAGACUGAUAGUGAGCCAGAAGAAGGUGAAAUUACAGACUCUCAGACAGAGGACAGUUAUGAUGAAGACGUCACCAGUGCAGACAACGUAACCGCGGAAGAUACGGAGGAUGAAGAUGAAGAAAAAAUAUGGCCUCCAUGUAUUAGAGUAAUAGUUAUUAGAUCACCAGUGUUGCAGACAGGAUCACUUUUUAUCAUUACAGCUGUUAACCCUGCUACAAUUGGAAGAGAAAAAGAUAUGGAGCAUACUCUCCGAAUCCCUGAAGUUGGUGUUAGUAAGUUUCAUGCAGAAAUUUAUUUUGACCGUGACUUACAAAGUUAUGUCCUUGUGGAUCAAGGUAGUCAAAAUGGCACAGUUGUUAAUGGAAAACAGAUUCUUCAGCCUAAAACUAAAUGUGACCCUUACGUACUUGAGCAUGGUGACGAAGUGAAAAUUGGAGAAACAGUACUGUCCUUUCACAUCCACCCUGGCAGUGAUACCUGUGACGGCUGUGAACCAGGACAGGUUCGGGCUCACCUUCGUCUUGAUAAGAAAGAUGAAUCUUUUGUUGGUCCAGCACUAAGUAAGGAGGAAAAAGAAUUGGAAAGAAGAAAAGAAUUAAAGAAAAUACGAGUGAAAUAUGGUUUGCAGAAUACAGACUAUGAAGAUGAAAAGGCAUUGAAGAAUCCAAAAUAUAAAGAUAGAGCUGGAAAACGUAGGGAGCAGAUUGGAAGUGAAGGAACUUUCCAAAGAGAUGAUGCUCCUGCGUCUGUUCAUUCUGAAAUUACUGAUAGCAACAAAGGUCGGAAGAUGUUGGAGAAGAUGGGCUGGAAGAAAGGAGAGGGCCUAGGGAAGGAUGGUGGAGGAAUGAAAAUUCCGAUCCAGCCUCAGCUUCGGCGAACACAUGCAGGCUUGGGGACUGGCCAGCCGUCCUCAAUUGAAGACAUGCCCCUUCUCCAGAACAAGAGCAAGAAGAACUGGGAGAAAGCACGAGAGAGGUUUGCUGAGAACUUCCCAGAAACAAAAUCUCAAAAGGAUGUGCCGGGGACAGUCCCUUGGAUCAAAGGGACUGUAGAAUGAAUGUCAGUCAUAAAACACAAUUCAAGCUUUUUUUUUUUAAGAGUUUGGAAACUCUUAUUUUAUGCAAAAGUUUCCCCUCCAAAAGAGUCCAUGGCAUGAGGGAACUAUAUCACAGUUUACCCCCUCAUGAUUCAGAAAUGUGUAAUAAAGGGUGGUUUGCAGCUUUUAAAAUUUUUUAAAAACUAAUAAAUAGUAACUGAAUUAGAUUAUGUUGUGAGCAAACUAAAGUUCACAGGGCACGGCUGAGUUUAUCAAACAUUGUUAUUUUAUCUUGUCAUUUCUAAGACCCAUAUAAGCAAAAUUCAUAUAAUCAGUAAUGAUUUAAAUGUACAUUUGUCCUUGUCUCCAUAUAUUCAUUAUUAUAAGAUACACAACAAGCAAAAUGUCGGAAGUUUAUAAAAACAAGUAUGAUUACAGGCAUCCUUGUUAUGCCCUUUAGAACCUGGAUGAAAAAUGCUGAGAAAGCAGGAGUAGUGGUGCAUAAAUUUUAUUCUUGAAAUAUUCUAAGUAAUAUUGUUGAAGAACUAAUGAACAGGUGAUAUAGAAAAUUAGGCUCUCAUUGUUUUCUUCUGUGAAGAAUUUGUUGAUUUGUACUAUAUAUUAAGCAUUUACACUUGGUUUGUUUUAUAGCUGAAAUAUUUAGAUACGAGCAAUUGAGUACAGUAUUGAACUCUUCCAUGUGCUGGCAUUUAUAGUUUUGAUAAAUCCCAUUGCUGGCAAUGGAGUUGUGCCAGAGAAAUCUGAUUUCUAUUGCAAAAGGAUUGCCUUACCAAGGCUUCAAACUCAAGAUAUUUAUUGACAGUGUCUUCAAAUGCAAUAAAAACAUUAUAAUCAUAACAUCAAAAAGAGUGAUUCAUUGAACCAAUGUUUUAAACAUAUUGGUCUGCUUUGAGCUCACGACCGGCCAGAAUUUUCCUCUUUAACCUGGCAGGCAGGCAGAGCAGGAUGACUUCAAAUACGGAGACUGCAGUGCAGCUUUCUGAGUGCAGGUGUCCCUCCCCUGCCGGGUGUGACUGUUCUUUUCCUCUCGGUUCAACUUCUCUCUCAGCUUUUUGCUGGGAAAUUAUUGCUGGGACUUUCUCUUUUCUGGCAGUGAAUAUAAGCUAUUGCUCCCUCAUGUACUCUAAAAAAAUGUCUUCACGAUUUAGAAAUAGGAAAAGAAAAUUCUGAUAAAAGUAUACAGUGCAGAAGAUAAUUCAGAAAGACUCCCUGUUGGAAUUUCUACUAUGGAUUGUACAGGGUACUUAGGAAGAAAAGGGGAGUGUGGUGAAAGAAAAAUAAACUUACUACUAAAGAUGAGACAUAAGACCAAACAAGUUGUCAGGACCUUAUCGGUCUAAACUGUGAUAGCAGAGGACCUAUAACUCCAGAUCUGCAAAAAGCCAUUUUCUGUAUCUUUUCUAGCUACCUACAUAUCCCAACAUUUCUAUAUGUACAGUAAACUUGAAGGCAACAGGAGUGUUCUGCAUUAUUUUCUCUAAAAUUGGAAAAAAAGUGUUUACAUGUGGUUUUGGUACUUGGGCCCUGUAUAUAGGUAACAGUAUAGGAGGUCCAAAGUAGAAUUGUGGUAGAUUUCACUCACUAAGUAAAGUACAACUGUGUAUAUAAUAUUUCCCAUUUUUAUUAUUAGAUUGUGGAAAACUUUUUUCAUUGCUUUCUUUUGUUAAGAAAAUGGAGACUUGAAAAUGGUGAUAAAAAUGGAAAUAUAUGUGUUAUUGAUGUUAUUAAAACCCUUUGCAGAUCUAAAGUCUCAGGGCUAUACUGUAUGGUAUAAAGGACUGAAUAAUG